AUGCAACCACAACCACAACCACCACAACAACCUCGCAUUCUCAAUCAUGAUGAAUUAAAAUCCAAAUGGGACGCCUUCUCAAAGACCUUUCAACAAGUGCUCGAGCCAAGUACCAACAUCACUGCUCAAUCUCUCAUUUCUUCUCUCGCCUUAUAUGCGAAUAAUGAAUGCUCUCGUCAUCAGAAAAUACACAUUCUAGAUAUUGGAUGUGGUGGAGGAGGAGGUUCCUUUCUCAUUGCUUCCCAAAUGCCAAAUUCCGAUGAUUAUGAACUGACGAGUAUGGAUCUCUCUCCGGAGAUGGUCAAAUUAACUCGGGAACGAUGCCAAAUUCUUACGCAAGCUCCAUUCCAUCGAAAGAUCCAUGUGGUGGAAGGCUCUGCAGAGAAUCUUCCCUUUCCAGAUGAAACCUUUGAUGCUGUCUUUUCUAAUUAUUGUUUACAUUUAGUUCCGAAUCCAGAUCAAAUGUUAAAGGAAAUUCAUCGUGUCUUGAAGAAGGGAGGAAAGGCUUCAUUGAGUGUUUGGGGUCGUCCCGAGAAUAGUCCUUCCUUUACAGUGAUGCAAAAAGCCAUGAUGGAAUGUAAGAAGAGAUUUAAUAGUCAUGAUGGGGAUGAAAACCUUGUUCCGUUGAGAUCCCCUUUCCAUUUGCAUCAAAAGGAUCCAUUGCGAGAGAGAGUCUUGAAUGCUGGAUUUUCAAAAUGUUUAGCUUGGUAUCAAUUUCAACCUUUCCAUGCGUUCAGUGCUCGUGAAUUUGCCGAGUUGAAUAGUCUUACUCCUGAUUUUAGAGCUCUUGUGGAAGGAUCGGAAGAGAAGAGACUUGAAUUGUUGAAUGUGUUGGAAGGAAUGGCGAAAGAAACCUUUGACAAGAAUGAACCUAUUGGAAAUGAAGUGCUAAUUGUCUUGAUGAGUAAGGAAUAG